AUGUCAAAUUUAGAUGAAUAUAGACCUAAAAUGAGGUAUCAGAAUUUUCUGAUUUUAAGAUAAAGCGAGAAUUUUGAUAGCACUAAAAGAUCUAGCAAUGUAUAAUCAAAUUAAAAUACUUAAUCUGGAUUUAGUGGAAAAGAAAUAUCAGUUAAAUAGGCAUUGGAUUACAAAAAAGUGAUGUCAUUAUCUUAGAAUCGUGAGAACAAUAGACUAGCAUCUAAAUGGAAAAGUAAAAAGCUAAAAAUAAUUGAAUAAGAGUAAGAAAUAUUGAGAAUAUUGAAGUAAGAGUAAAAUAAAUCGCAAGAUAUUGAAAUAAACUCUUUUUUAGAUGAUAUUGAGAAAUUAGAAAGUCCAAUUAAUAAAAAAAGAUCUCAGAUUGUGAGCUAGAUUAAAAAUUUAUCAUAUUUUUAAUCUGCUCCAUCUAGCGGAUAAAAGAUUUAAAGAAUAUAAAAUUAACAUUUAAAAAACAGAUAUUAUUUGAAUACAGAAAAUGAUUAUGAACAUAACAAGAUAUAAAAGAGUGCAAUUAACACUUCAAUCAAUGAUAACAGCGCUAUCCUUCAGUUGUAAACACCAAAUUAAUAAUCUAGAAUCGAUACUAGUUUUCCUAAAAUAAAGUCACCAAAUAAUUUAAUUAGCAUUUAACGGUUUAGAGAAAAUAUUAAUCAAAAUACAAAAUCUUCAGUAAGUGAAUAUAUUUAAAAAAGAAAAAAUGUACAAAGGUCCAGUAGCAUAAAUAAACAAGACAAUUUAAAAUAAAAAGAAUUUUAUGAUCAAAAUAAAAAUGAUAACAAUUCCAAUUAAUAUUAAUAAUUACAUUAAAAAAGAAGUCUAAGUAGCAGUAACAGAGGAAACGAAAAAAAAGCUUUAUAAAAUGGCGAUUAAAAAUAGAAUUCUGUUUUUAAUUAUCCUAAUUUAGCUGCUUAAGCUAAUAGCUUACACUUAUAAAACAAUUUAUCAAAAUCUUAAGAAAAAAGCAAUCCCUAACUAGAUUGUGAAUAGUAAAAUAAUAAUUAAUAAGAAGCAUAAAAUGAAAAUACAAAUUCGAAGAACAAUCUUAAAACAGAGGUACUGGAAGAAGUUUAAAUGUAAAAUUAAGAGACUAGCUUAGAUCAAUAAAUAAAGUAAAUUGAAUUGUAAAAUAAAUUAAAAGAAGAUUAAAAGAAUGAAAAAUAAAUAGUUGAUGAAUAUUUAGAGUAAUAAAAAAUUGAAAUUAAUUAAGUAAAUAAAAAUACAUCUAAGUAGAUUUGUAUGAGUGAUCCUUCUUUUAUUUAUUAAGAUGAAAAAAAUACUAAAGUAAGUUAAUAAAAUCAGCAUAAUAAUUUUUUUAAGAAUUGUUAUGAAAAUCAGUAAAUACAUUGUGAAAAUUAUAGCAACAGAAAAAGUUGCUAAAACUCCUAUGAUUAAUAGUUUGAUAAAGAAAACUAUGUUAUUUAUAGAUAAGUAAUUAAGGAACAAAAAAAUCUUUAAUCUUAUUAGCAGACAAUCAUGAACAGAAUUAAUCAUUUAGAAAAGGAAGAAACAAAAAACUUAAUGAAAGUUGAAGAAACAAGAAAGAGAGUGUUUCAAAUUUUAUAAGACAAAAUUAAUUAGUAGUAGUUUUAGCAAAAUUUACAUAAACCAACAGCUGAGCAGUUAAAUUAAAAUCUAAAAAGAGAUGAUUCAAAAUGGAAUGACAAUGUUUAAGUGGUUUAAAAAAAAAUAAGAUCAAAAAGUGUAGCUGAAACAAGAAAUUUAGGAUAAAUUAUUAAAAAGUAGUAAAAAUUUUAGGAAGAAAAAAAGAAGGAAAGGGCAACAUAAAUUAAAACUGAACUCAAACAGAUUUUAGAAGAGAAUAUAAAAAAGUAAUAGUUUGAUCAGCAAUUGAAAGAAUAAAAAUGCCAAAGGAUAAAAAUUUAACUGCAAUAAUCUCGUGAGCAAAUUUACAGAGCUUUGCAAGAAAAAAAACAAAACGUCAUUAACAAUUUUAACAUAUCAAUUAUAGGAGAGAAACAAAGAAAUUAAGUUAUUUAAAAAAACAUUUAAAAGCUUGAAGAAAUAGAAGAAAACUUAAUUUAAAAUCUUAAAUAAACAUAAAUUAGAUAAGAAGGGGUGCUAAACGAGCUAAAAGAUGUUCUUGCAUUAAAUCCUGAAUAAUUCAGUAAAUUACAUUUUAAAAGUAUAAAGCAUGAUUAAGAUUAAAUGCUGACAGAGCAAUCUAAUAAAAUUCUGAAUCUAAGACAUAAAAAAGCUUUACUAUGCUGA